CAAAGUUUGUCACGGAGAACAUUUGUGUGUCCGGCAGCCUCGUGUGUUUUUCAGACACACUUGAGGGGACGUCGUGCUCAGCAGGAAGCUGUGACGCAGAGAGGAGACGAGGGGAAACUGUGUGCCAUGGAAAUGCCGCUCACUCCACUGUCUGAUAGGCCAUGAUAGGCUUGCAAGUUAUGCAGGGGUUAUGGAAAGUCUAUUGAAUUGUGCUGAAGAGCAGCAACCCUCCUCUCCCCUGGCCAAGGCACUGUCCAAGAAGCAGGAACCGAGCAAGGAUCCAAAGCCAAAAGGUGUUGGUGGAUUUGUUUUAGUGCAUGCAGGAGCAGGAUACCACUCUGAAUCCAAGGCCAAGGAGUACAAGCAUGUGUGCAAAAGAGCAUGUCAGCGAGCUGUGGACCAGCUCAAAGCCGGGGCUCUUGCAGUGGAAGCAGUCGCUGCAGCGCUGGUUGAACUUGAGGAUUCUCCUUUUACAAACGCAGGCAUGGGCUCCAACCUGAACUUGUCAGGGGAAAUUGAAUGUGAUGCAAGUAUCAUGGAUGGGAAGUCGCUGCAUUAUGGAGCUGUUGGUGCUAUUAGUGGUAUUAAGAACCCAGUCUUGGUUGCAAACCGUCUAAUGACUGAAGCACAGAAAGGGAAACUCUCAGCUGGCAGAAUACCACCCUGCUUUUUAGUGGGGCGAGGCGCACACGACUGGGCCGUCAGCCAUGGAAUACCACCAUGGCCCUCAGAGAAAAUGGCCACCAAGUUCAGUUUGUCUGCGUACAAGAGGAACAAGCGGAAGAUGGAGCUGGCAGAGAAAAUGGACACAGGAGAGAAUCAGAAAAAGAAACGAAGACAAUCAAGUGAAAACGUGAGUUCUGUGGAGAAUGGUUCUGGGUGUCUCGACACUGUGGGAGCUGUUGUGGUGGACCUGGAAGGGAAUGUAGCUGCAGCAGUGUCCAGUGGAGGCCUGGCGAUGAAGCACCCUGGCAGGGUCGGCCAGGCUGCCCACUACGGAUGUGGCUGCUGGGCUGAAAAUGCCUGUAAUAUGAACCCUUACUCCACAGCAGUGAGUACUUCAGGUUGCGGAGAGCAUCUGAUUCGCACCAUGCUGGCACGGGAAUGCUCCACUGCCAUGCAAUCUGAGGAUGCCCACCAAGCACUGCUGGAUGCUAUGCAAAACAAGUUCAUCAGUUCCCCCUUUCUGGCCAGUGAAGACCGUGUUUUGGGCGGAGUAAUUGUCCUGCGGUGCUGCAGAUGUGUGGAAACCCCGCCAUCUCAAAAUAUUCAGGGUAUACUGGUGGAGUUCCUAUGGAGUCACACCACAGAGAGCAUGUGUGUUGGCUACAUGUCGGCACAAGAUGGCAAAGCUAAGACACACAUAUCCAGAUUACCACCCGGGACUGUUCCUGGACAGUCCUUGGCCAUCGAGGGAGGUGUGUGCCGACUGAUGAGCGUAGCGGAGUGAGCCACAUCCGCCCUCCUGGGCUUCUUCAGCAAUACUCCAAAACAUACCCAUUCACCCACACACACACAAACACACACAAACACACACACACACGCACUACCACACCAUUCUCACCCCAACCGCUUUAGCUGUUUAUAACUAGAGCAUGACCGAUACUGGAUGUCAACAGAUACAGAUUUUUUUAGGGAGCAAUGCUCCUCUUUUACGUUAUGAAGAGAAGUGUUUGAAAUUGUCCAAAGCAUCUUGCAUAUUGUUUUGUAAAAAUACAUUUUUCCCAUUAGCGCAUAUCAGAUGCCCUUUCUGCGAGUAUAUCUGUGAUUGGCUGAUAUCAGCUGAUAAAAUCUGUUGACCGACGUAUCGGUCAGGCUCUAGUUCUAACAGGUGUCUAGAAAAAACGGGGG